UUAUAACACUUCAUCUCGUCUUGCAUGUGAGGUCGCGACCGACAUUCAUCAAGCGCUGUUUCUCUCGGGUGAGCAGCCACUUAACGCUACGACGUCACAGCGCAGUGGUAGCUUAUGUGGGUCUCAUCCCCUUCGGCUGCCUUAUCCCGAGAACGUGGUUGGCUGCACGACACGCGGGCAGCGUACCCCGGUCGAGUGCUGCGCUGAGGCACUGAGACAGCGGUUAUCUUGUGACCGAUGUCCGACAGUCGAAACCAUCAGAUGUCAACCGCCCCAAACCUAAACCUCAGAACGACCGUCGUGAUAAGACGAUUCGAACCCGCCCCUUCUCUCGAUGCCGUCUUCUCUCUGGAUUCGAUAACAGCGCUGUGAGGGAACUAUGACUGGCCGAUCGCCUUCGUCCUCCGGCCUUUUCCCCAUGCCUGGAUCACCGUCGUCAUCUUGGGCAAUGUACCGCGCCCGCUUAUCUGCCCUCUUUCGAAAUGCUGAUACCCAGGUGAUCGUGGCCUUUUGGCUGCUCGGUCUCAUCAACAACGUCCUCUACGUAAUCAUCCUCUCCGCCGCCCAAGACCUCGUCGGCUCCAACGUCCCGAAAGGCGUAGUCCUCCUCGCCGACGUCCUCCCCUCCUUCUUCACGAAACUGAUCGCACCCUACUUCAUCCACCGCGUGCCCUACUCCCUCCGCGUUCUGAUCCUGAUCGCCCUCUCGUGCUCCGGCAUGCUCCUCGUCGCCCUCACGCCGCCCACGAAAUCCGUCGCCGUAAAAAUGGUCGGCGUCAUCAUCGCCAGCCUCAGCUCCGGCGGCGGCGAGCUCAGCUUCCUCGGGCUGACGCACUACUACGGCCCCAUGAGCCUCGCGGGCUGGGGCAGCGGCACCGGCGCGGCAGGGCUCGUCGGAGCGGGUCUUUACGUGGUGCUCACGGAUUGGUGGGGUUUCAGCGUGCGCAACAGCCUGUUGUUCUCUGCGUGCUUGCCGUCCAUCAUGUUUGUAAGCUUCUUCGUCAUACUGCCAAAGGGACCGCUCAAGGCGGGGCAGAAGGAGUACACGGUCGUUCCGGAGCAGGAUCUGGAGGACGAGGACGUCGAGGAGCUGUCGCAAAACGCGGCGUCGUCGGCUCUGCUUGCGCCGGGGCCCGCGACUACGUCGACGGCGUAUUCGGUGCAGCACGCUGAUGCACAUAGCUUCGAGCACAACUUGAGGAGGGCGAAGGCGCUCUUCUUCCCGUAUAUGCUGCCGCUGCUGCUGGUGUACAUUGCAGAGUACACCAUCAACCAGGGCGUUGCGCCGACGCUGCUCUUCCCGCUGGCGUCAUCGCCCUUCAAGCAGUUUCGCGAGUUCUAUCCCAUGUACGGGUUCCUGUACCAGCUGGGCGUCUUUAUUUCGCGGUCCUCGACGCCGUUCUACCGGAUUCACCGCCUCUAUCUACCUUCGCUGUUGCAGAUUGCCAACCUGGUGCUGCUGACGUGCCACGCCCUGUUCGACUUUAUCCCUUCGGUGUACGUGGUGUUCUUGAUUGUGUUCUGGGAGGGUCUGCUGGGAGGCGCGGUAUACGUGAAUACCUUUGCGGAGAUUAUGGAAAAGGUACCGAGCGAAGACAGGGAAUUCAGCUUGAGCGCGACGAGUGUGAGCGACAGCGGGGGUAUCUGCAUUGCCGGGUUUGUCGGCAUCGUCAUGGAGGUGCAGCUUUGCAACUGGCAGGUUGCGCAUGGGCGGGAUUGGUGCCGUAAGAUCAAGGUUGGAUGAGAGGUGACUAUCAGGACGGGAUGCUAUGCUGUGCAGCACCUUGGCAGCGCUUGUGAUCAGCGUGGGGGGGCCCGCGACUGGAGAGGGUCCUGGUACGAUGUUUCGAGAGGGGUGCCGUUCACGAUCCGG